UGCCUCCUACACAGAUUCGUUCGUCUCCUUCUUUCGGAAUGUUCUCAAAAAAGCCUCAUGGGGACGUCAAAAAAUCAACACCGAAAGUGUUGGAUCCCAAAAAAGAUGUACUGACACGCCUAAAACACCUGCGGAUCGUUAUAGAAAAUGCAGAGUCGGGGGACCUGAAGCAUUUCUUUGACCAGUACUACUCUCACAUCUACUAUGUGUUCUUUGAGAACUUUGUUAUCAUUGAAGUCAGUCUCAAACAGAAAGGUCACAAAUCACAAAGGGAAGAACUUGACUCCAUUCUUUUCAUAUUCGAGAAAAUUCUGCAACUCCUACCAGAGCGAAUACAAGGACGAUGGCAGUUCCACAGCAUAGGCCUCAUUCUGAAGAAGUUGUUGCACACUGGGAACUCGUUAAAGAUCCGAAGGGAGGGUGUACGUCUGUUCCUGCUAUGGAUGCAGGCCUUGCAAGGCAACGCACUGAGAGAGCAGCUAUGGAUUUUUGCCUGUCUGAUCCCUGGCUUCCCAUCUCCCCAGUCAGAGCUUGGCCCUCGAACCCUGGACAACCUGGUCAACCCCCCUCUCAGCCUCCAGGAGACUCAAGUGACUCCAGAAGAGAUCAGUCCCCUGGUCCCUCCUCAGGCAGGGGAUAGAGCCCAGGAAGACCUCACAGGAUACUUUCUAGAGGCUCUUCUGAAAUACAUGGUAAACCAGGCCAAAAGUCUGGAGUGGAAGUGUAAAGACAACCACGAGAAGGGCUUUGCAUUCCUGUUUGGAAACUUCAAGAAAUAUUACCUGCCGCACAUAUUCCCCAACUUCUCCAAGGAGACCAGUUUGUACCAUCCCAUACUGGAGGUUCCUUCGAUGAGACCAAAGCCGUACUACAGUGUGGUGAAGAAAGACCCAGAGACCAACGAGGCAGUGUACUGUACCAAGGAGAGCCUCCUCAACGCCCGGGUCAUCUUCAUCCGCUGGCUGGUGUCCUUAUGGCUGGAGCCACGCUCCAACACUGGAACACACAUCCCCGGGGUGGACGGAGAGAGGGAGAGCGUUCCAAAGAACAUCCAGAGGGCAGCAGCAGGGCUGGCAGCGCGGGGACAUGGCCUGGGGGAGGACCUGGGCCCCAGGGCAGACAGCCUGGACAGAGCGAUUGGGUGUGAGCAGGAGCAGUCCCACUCCAACACCUCCACCCUGACGGAGAGGGAGCCCAGCUCCUCCAGCCUGUGUAGUAUGGACGAGGAGCACCUCACUGACAAGGAGGUGGUGAGACGAGUCCUCUGUUCCUCCAGGACUAACGUCAACUUCAUCACCGAGGUCUUCAGACAGGCCUUCCUGUUGCCGAUGUGUGAGGCUGCAGCCAUGAGGAAGGUGGUGCGGGUGUACCAGGAAUGGUUUGCCCAGGAGGACAAGCCUGUGUUUAUGAGGGAGCCGGAGGAAGAGAAGUUCUUUACCACGGUUGGAGGGAUCAACCUAGAGCCUGUACCCCAACAGGACGCUGAGAAGGAGGAGGGGGUGAAUAAAGUGUCUGAGAAAGAGCUGCUGGAGUACAGUGUGCAUGCCGGUGUUCAGCCCACUCUACAGGUGUUUGUCACCAACUCUGCCAACGUUUUUCUGCUGGAGCCAGCCAACGAGCUCAAGGUGUUGCUGGAGGAACAUGUUGACAUGUGCAAGAGAGUCCUCAACAUCUAUCGCAGCCUGGUCAUGCAUGAAACCAUGGACCAGAAGACAUGGGAGCAGAUCUUGCUGGUGCUGUUGAGGGUGACAGAGUGUGUGAUGAGGAGACCUCCCUCCAUCAUGCCCCAUGGCAAGAAGAACAUCACUCUCUCUGGGAGGCUGGCCGGGGCCGUCUUUCAGACCUUGAUAGUGGCCUGGAUCAAAGGGAACCUGAACGUGUACAUCUCCAGGGAGCUGUGGGACGACCUGCUGGCCGUGCUGUCCUCGCUCACCUGCUGGGAGGAGUUGGUCACAGAGUGGUCCCUCACCAUGGAGACGCUCACCAAAGUUCUGGCCCGCAACCUGUACAGUCUGGACCUCAACGAGCUGCCCCUGGACAAGCUGAGCGAACAGAAACAGAAGAAACACAAAGGGAAAGGGGGCGCUCACGAGGGCCAGAAGACGGCUGUGGGCCAUUCGUUCUCUAAGGGCUGGAGCAGGGACCAGCCUGGGAGCGGUCAAGCAGCAGCCAUGAGGCAGCGCAGUGCCACCACGGCUGGCUCCCCGGGUAUGGAGAAGGCCAGGAACAUCAUGCGCCAGAAGACUGUGGCCCUGCGUAGCUGCUCUACGGGCGACAGCUUCCUGUCCCAAGCCUUUAUCCGCAGCGCUAAAAGUGCCCCUGUCCUGAUCCAUCCUCUCCACCCUCUCCUGUCUGACUCUGUCCUCACCUCCCUAGCUGACGAGCUGGCAGAUAUGGAGGACCCCCCCAUGGUCAUGACCUCUCGGGCACCCAGGGUCCGCCACUGCUCCCAGAGCGAGAAUACCCCGGCCUCUGAGGUGUUCUCAGCAUCCAGUGACCUGGAACCCCAAGGGCCUCCGCUCCCCCGCAGCAGCAGCGCUUCUGACAUCAUGGAGCCCUUCAUCGCUGAGAGGGUCAAAGGCAACAAAGAGGACCCUUGUCAGACGGUGCGUGCUGUGCCCAGUGAUAACGGCAACCAAAACUUUGGAGACCUGAUGGAUGAAUUUAUCCAAGAGCGUCUGCGAGCGAGAGGCACCUCUGGCAUGACAAGGCGUGGCAGUAGCCCCUGUAGUCUGGAGAUCCCCAAAGACCUGCCGGAGCUCCUGGGCCGUCAGAACGUCUCACAACCUGUGGACGACCCCGGUGUGCCCUCUGAGUGGACCUCCCCCGCCAGCAGCAGCGACGUCAUCAGCUCCGACAGCCAAUCAGACUCCUUCAACGCCUUCCAGUACGCCAACUGCAAGUUGGAAAAUUUCAGCUUUGGUCCAGAUGGCUGUGGUGCGGGGUCUUUGGACCAGGAUAACGCUAGCCUUGGAGGGCUGCCCCAGACUGCAGAGGAACAGGAGUUGUCCAGCCUCACCACCCUGCACAUAGAUUCAGAGACGAGCAGUCUGAGCCAGCACGGCCUGUCUGCAGACACCAUCACCAUCACAGGUUCAGAGAGUGCGUCCCCGAUGCAUUCCCUGGGUGGUUCCUGCUCACAGAGCCCGUCUCCAGCCACCCUGACCGCUGAACACAUAGGGCUGCAGCACGAGGACCUGCAGCUGGAUGAGAAACAACAUCACUCUGUACUACACACUCCUGAUGACCUGGAAACCAGUGAGGUUCCUACAGAGGACUGCAGUGUGAUGGCCGGUGGCUCCCUGACCGGUUGGCACGCGGACAUUGCCACGGUGAUGUGGCGGAGGAUGCUAGGUAUUCUGGGUGAUGUGAACACCAUUAAGGACCCAGAGAUUCACGCGCAGGUCUUUGACUAUCUUUGUGAGCUGUGGCAGAACCUGGCCAAGAUCAGAGAUAAUCUGGGCAUCUCUCUGGACAACCAGUCAUCUCCUCCUCCCCCGGUCCUCAUCCCUCCCCUCCGGAUCCUCACCCCCUGGCUCUUCAAAGCGACCAUGCUGACAGAGAGGUACAAACAGGGGAAGCUACACGCCUACAAGCUCAUCUGUAAGAUCAUGAAGAGAAGGCAGGACGUUUCGCCCAACUCAGACUUCCUCACACACUUCUACAACAUCAUGCACUGUGGCCUUAUGCACGUCGACCAGGACAUAGUGAACACCAUCAUUAAGCACUGUUCUCCUCGGUUCUUCUCCAUCGGGCUGCCUGGAGCCACCAUGCUUAUCCUGGAUUUCAUCAUCGCAGCCAGCAGAGUCACAGCCUGCUCCUCCCUCAAUGCCCCACGGGUGGAGGCUCAGAUCCUGCUGGGGUCUCUGGUGUGUUUCCCUAACCUAUACGAGGAGCUGCCUGCCCUACACCCCACCACCGCUGACGUGGUCAUGACCAAGUUCAGAGACGUUAAGGAACACAUCAUCAAACACAUCCUGAGUUCAGCCAUAGAUGAGCCUUCAGCCCCAGCCAGGUGUGUGGCCCUGUGCAGUCUGGGUAUCUGGCUGUGUGAGGAGUUGGUCCACGGCACCCAGCAUCCUCAGAUCAAAGAAGCCCUCAAUGUCAUCUGUGUCACUCUAAAGUUUCCAAAUAAAACUGUCGCGCUGGUGGCCUCCGACAUUCUGCACUUGCUCAUAAACUAUGUCGAUGACCUUCAUAAAUUCCCCCUCGACACUCCAAAGAAAAUAGUUGAGAUCCUCAUAGCGACUAUCACUCACCUGCUUCCCACUACAGAAUCCUCGCCUCAUGAACUGGACAAGAGGUUGGUGGUGUCUCUGCUGUUGUGCCUGCUGGACUGGGUGAUGGCUCUGCCUCCUAAAACUUUGCUGCAGCCUGUCCAAACCCUCAGCCCCGACAAGGAGAAGCCAGACAAGUCUGUCCUCAGCUGUAUCUACAAGGUGCUGCAUGGCUGUGUGUAUGGGGCCCAGAACUUCAACAGCCCUAGGUAUUUCCCCAUGAACCUGUCAGACUUGACCAGUCCUGACUACGACCCCUUCCUGCUGCUGGAGAGUCUGAAGGAACCAGAGCCCCUCCACUCCCCUGACUCAGAACGCUCCUCCAAACUACAGCCUGUCACUGAGGUGCGGAGCCGUAUCCAGCACGGUCUGAUCUCCAUCGCUGCCAGGACAGUCAUCACCCACCUGGUCAACCACCUUGGGCACUACCCCAUGUCUGGAGGCCCUGCUACCCUGACCAGUCAGGUGUGUGAGAACAUGGACAACCCCUACAGCGAUAGCCCUGACCUGGCCCCAGAGCUCUUUGAUGGGCCAAACCUACAGUUCUUUGUCCUGAAUGGCACCACCCUCCUAUCCUGUCUGCAGGUCCGUGCUGAGGACGGUGUGCCUGGUGGAGGAAUGUCUGCAGGCCUCACCACCACCAGUGCCUGUGUGAGGGUUAUCGUCCGAGACAUCUCCGGAAAACACUCGUGGGAUUCGGCUGUGCUGUACGGGCCUCCUCACUGUGGUGUUCCCAAUCAGCCCCUGCACCUCUACAGUAACACACCAACAGAGAGAAUGACUACAGAGGGGGAGAAGAACUGGGUUGGAGACCCUAUAGAGAAGGAAGAAGAGGAGAGGGAAGAGGGGGCAGCACCAGAGGAGGAGGUGGUGGUGUUGGUGCUGGGAGAGGAGGAGCAGGGGGAGGCUGUGGAGGAGGAAGGAGAGGAAGAAAAGGAGAAAGUGGAAGGUGUGUUGGAGCUCAUGGCCCCGCAAGCUAAGCGUGUGUGUCGUGAGGCGGUCCCGUCCUGGAACUCCCUGCGAGAAGAAGAUGCUCUAGAUGAGAUGCUGCAGUACCUGGGUUACUCCAGCCCUGAGUGCCUUCAGCGUGCCGGAGGCCCCCUUAACAUCCCCGCCCCAUCCCCUGUCUGCGUGUCGGAGAAGCAGGAGAACGACGUGAUCAACGCCAUCCUGAAGCAGUGUGCAGAGGAGAGGGACUUUGCGGUGCACAGGGGGAAUGGGCUGAACAUGAGAGCUGUGGAGCAAGGGGAGCCAGGGCCUCAGAGGCCUCAGUCAGCCUUCUACUACUGCAGGCUGCUACUCAACAUCCUGGGCAUGAACUCCUGGGAGAAGAGGGGCAACUUCCAUCUCCUGAAGAAGAACGAGAAGCUGCUUAGAGAGCUUAAGAACCUCGACUCCAGGCAGUGUCGAGAGACGCACAAAAUAGCCGUGUUUUACGUGGCAGAGGGGCAGGAGGACAAGCACUCUAUCCUGUGUAAUACCAGGGGGAGUCAGGCCUAUGAGGACUUUGUCUCUGGGCUGGGCUGGGAGGUGAACUUGACCAGUCACUGUGGCUUUAUGGGAGGUCUUCAGCGGAACAAGAGCACUGGUCUGACCACGCCUUACUUUGCCACCUCCACCGUUGAGGUCAUGUUCCACGUCUCCACGCGGAUGCCCCCAGACUCAGACGACUCACUCACCAAAAAGCUAAGGCAUCUUGGGAAUGACGAGGUGCACAUUGUGUGGUCUGAGCACUCGCGGGACUACAGGAGAGGCAUCAUCCCUACGGAGUUUGGAGACGUCCUCAUUAUCAUCUACCCCAUGAAGAACCACAUGUACAGCAUCCAGAUCCUCAAGAAGCCAGAGGUACCAUUUUUUGGGCCCCUGUUCGAUGGAGCCAUAGUGGAUGAGAAGAUCCUUCCCACCAUGGUCCGGGCCACGGCUCUCAACGCCAGCAGGGCUCUUAAAUCCCUCAUCCCCCUUUACCAGAACUUCUACGAGGAGAGAGCGCGUUACCUGGAGACCAUCGUACAGCACCACCUGGAGCCAACCACCUUCGAGGACUAUGCAGCAAGAGUCUUCUGCCCCGCUCCCUACCUCCACCUGCCGUCAGACCCAGGCUCAUGCCUCGAGAGUCAGCAGGGAGAAAGUCCAGCAGCAGCGCUUCUAGACGGGGCCGACCAGUUAGCCUUGCCAAUGUCCCCUCGUACUAGCAAGAGCCGUAUGUCCAUGAAGCUCAGACGCUCCUCCGGCUCGGCCAACAAGACCUGAUCGGACUUUCCCUCCGCUGACCCUCCUCUGCGCCACACCCAGCGAGAGUUCACAGCCUUCAGAUGAAGAGACUGACUCUCUCUCUCUCUCUCUGUACCGUACAGCUAGGACUGCACUACACUGCAACUACCAGCCUUUACCUGCUAACAGCGAUGCAUGGCAUGUUAUGUACUCCAACUACAUGGACAUGGACACACCUGCCCUGCAUGGUCAGACUCCGCAUCUCCCCUACUGUACAACCCUACCAAGAUGCAGGAUUAGGCCCUUGAACAGAGCCAGGCCCUUGGGGGGCCAGCCCAGGGUCCCCAGGACUGAGCUUGUGCUAGCAAAGCUCCAACAGAAUUAACAUGUCUUUUGGGCAAGGUUUUCUAACUAUGCUCAUCACCACAAACGUUGCACUCCAGAGAAAUGUGGAAAGAGAGCAAAAUGUAAUAUAUUUAGAUAUAUUUAAGAAGCAGCAUCGGUUCCGUUGUGUACAGAAAGCGUAAAGGCAACAUGACAGAUGUGUAUUUUCAAUGUGAUUAGGAUUGUUGAUGGUUGAAAUCACUUGAUAUUUGACUGAGAUGAGGAGCUAGAGUGUUAUCUCUGCUGUGGUUGUAGCUGUUGUUGUCCCUGAGCAGAGUGAUCAAUAUCUAGUAUGCCAUUGCCCUGGCUCUCUGGGCCUCUGACCCACUAGGAAAGUGAUUGUAAGAACAUGAGCUUGUAAGAAAGUACAAAGAAACACAAAGUAAGAAACAUCUUAUUUUUCAUAUUUGGUCACUGUGUCCACCAGGAGACAUUUAUAUAUUUGUACUAUACUCUGUAUAUACAGAAGAGUUGCCACUUUCUUUAUGCUUGGACUGAAGCAAUGUUGGCUAGUGUUUGAUGAUAAGGAGUUUUGAGGUUGAAAUAAGUUUGUCUAUAGCGUUGUAAGAUGGAAAUUGUUUGGUUAAAGUGAAACAUUUCUUGUUACAUUUUCUUUUGAUUUUCACACUAAACUGUGGAACUGAUUGACUUUCUGAAUAUAAUAUUCACAACUGUUUGCCUUUUUAGGGGUCACAUAACAUUUUUAUUAUGAUUGUAAAUUUGGAUUUCACCUGAUAAAGAAUGUUACAGAUUAGGUUGUUUUGUUCAUAUACAACGUGUUGUAUUGAACCACCCCUUUUUUCCACUCAUGAUGAAUAUAUUAUAUGUAAGGGAUGAACGCAAACGUUAUGUACGUUACCUUGGAAAUAAUAGACCGCAGGUAAAUAAUGGAUCCUAGGUAAUGUACAGAACGUCAGCGUUUAUCCCACUCAUACCACAGUUGCCAAAGAAAACAAUACUAAAACACACAUUUACCUGUAGAAAUAAAAUGGUUUUGUUUUAUAUUUUUAGAAGUUAAUUUAUACUUCCUCGUCUUGUGGUUGCCAGAGACGCGACCCAGUCGUUCGUUCGAUUAGUACUAUGUCUCGUUACUUUAGUUCGAUCACUAUGCAGGCUGGCAAUGUUCUUCUCUCGUCAUGUAGCAUAGCUAGUUUAUCCCGUGAUUGCACAUGUUGGGACUAUUUGACAACACGGUUUGUAGGCUAAAAAGGCUAAGGUUUAGCUAUAUAUUUAAUGGCUUAAAAAUACAUAUUUCAUCAAUAUAAAGGCAGUGUGCAGAUAUGUUUCUUUUGAAGUUAUUGGAUUGUUUCCAACACAAGAAAAUAACUCAGAUGUGCAAGUGCUUUUUUUUUUCUUCCAUUUUUCAAUAUAAUAAUGGCAUCAAAAAACGAAUCAAUAUGAAAUGGUUUUUUUUUAAGAAACACCAAGACAGCCUACAUUUAAAAAAGUAAGAUUCAAAUAAUGCAAUAAGUUGUUUUGAUGUCAGGGGUUAAACAGCUUGUUAGGUUCUUCGGAGCUAGUUGUCUUGCCAGCUACUUGUUAAAAUUUAAUUGGAUGCUGCCAUUAAUGGUGAAAUGGGACAUCUUCAAGCCGUGGGGUAAGUCGAAUGACUCACUCGCUUGGUACCAUUUCCAUCUGUUUGUAUUGUUGUUGUUACUGCUGCUUGUGGUGGGGCUUUGUGGGCUCUCUACCUCAGAUGAGAGGAGGUGAUUCCAGCGCUUCCUCUCUGUCACAGAAGGCGCCCAGUAGCUCCUCAAACUGCUCUCGCACCUGUGCCUGGUUACAUUUAUAACUUGUAUGUACACCAGACCGGCAUUCGAUAGCAGCUCCACGGCUGUGCUCCGGAGGCUGCGGGUCGUGUAGUGCAUUGACAACCCGGCCUAUUCGCUGAGACACGGUAACAGGUUGCCGAGGUAGUGUACCACCAUCGGCUCUUAGAGUAGCCUACCAAAUGUUCUUCUUUGUUCAACUUGUGGGGAUCGCAGUGGGUGGCGGUAAAGGGAUGUAGCGUCUUGGGGACUCUUGGAGAGGUAUGUUUUCAAACUUGCCCGUGGGCGGUUUGGGUUGCCGGGCAAAGCAAAUAUUAACCCUUUGUGGUUCUCCUCAUUCGGGCUCGUUCGCCUCUUGGUGGUUUUUCGUCUCUGCAUUGUGGAAGAGACGGAGGUGGCCGAAUCCACUCCAUCCUCGUCCGUCUUGACCUGGAAAGAAGAAGGUCUCAGUCUCGAUUUCCCUCUGGCCCCACGCUUAGCGAGAUACAGCUGGAUAACCAGCCUUCCUCACUAGACCUGUAGCUGUUUCGGGGGAAACCGCAGGGGACUCUAGUAGCAGCUGGAGGUCAGCAGUAGAUAUGGGAAGGGGGAAGUGCUGAUGACUUUCCCCGAUCUCCUAUCCCUCUUCACAAGGGACUUGAAGACGUCCUUGCAUGUUUUGAAGCUGUCAUUGGUCAUGAUGCUGUGCCGCAUUACACGAUUUAUCCCGGCUACACAAAAUGAGGUACCGAGUACUCCUGUCCAUUUGUUGCGCGGAGGAUAUUGUUUAGCUCUUCUGGCCGGUAGCUGUCAAAUGUCCUUAUUCUCCUUGAGCCAAUCCCUUUCUGUUUUAACUACGCAUUAUAUUGUUUUUCUCAUGAAUUGUUUUUCUUCAUGUCGCUCCACUUCAAUUUUGGUGAGCGUCACGUCCAUAACUGUCUGCUCUCUGUGCGUUUUCUAUUUAUAUUGAUAAAGGGACUUUAUUUCCACCAUUCAGGCUUAGGAUAACUCCUCGACUUUAUAAAAAAUAAAAUGUAAUAAUUCCUCCAUCUUUUCUCCAUGUUUUAGGCUUGUAGCUAGGUGUAGGCUAAUCGUUGUAAAGUAGCUACUUUGUUUCACUGUCAGUUGUAAAUAUGUUGGCUCUUGUUACUUGUCUACGUCACGUGAUAUUUUCAUUCAUAAAUAGUUUUCAUUCAUAAAUGUGUAGUGAUUUAGAAUGUAAUAAGGCGCAUAUUGUGUCAUGAUUGCAAGGUGUCCGAUAUCUUUUCCAACUGUCCCGUUAUCUGGUUUUAAUGGCCAUUCUAGAAUGCCCUUCUAGCCAAUCAUAUCUGAGUAUUCAACAGUGCUGUGGUAUAGAUAUAGUGUUGAGGACAAUACCUGAACUGUGUACAUAUUUGAAUAUAGCUUCCAAAAAAUACCAAACCUAUAUUACCCUCAAGCCACGUAGACCAACAGUUGAAGGUGUGAACAAAUCUUCUGCUUAUUUCAUAUCAGAGGUCUGCUGCGUUUGACCUCUUCACAAAUCUUUCCUGCUGAAGUUGGCCAAUAUAAAUAACGCGGUAGCUUUAUCCACAGCUAGAACAAACUAAUGUAUGUUACGGUUCAGUGUCUGUCUGUGCAACAACACAAAGGAGGAUGGAAAGACAAGAGCAUCAAGCAGGUCUUCACUCCAGUUCCCAACUCUGUGUCCAUCUAUAAGACGACUAGCACAGAGCAAACGCUGCAUUUACAUUUUUUCUAUCAUUAUUUGCUUUCAGCUAUAGGUUCUCUACCAGAGAGGAAAGGGACUGUAAAAUGCCUGUUUUAGACCUUUCGGUUGAACGGUUAUAUCUUUUAAAAACUGCUACCAUGUCGAAGGUCAAAUCCACGUUAUUUUUGUGUUUUGUUUGAAUAUAUGAGUGAGGUCAGUUCCGAUUUAUUUUUUUAAUUAUUUUUUUAAAUGGCAGAGGAUGAGAACUAAAAACUUGCCAGAGAGAGCGAGAAAAUCAUGCUGCAUCCUUUACUUGAGGCUGAGGAGAUUGGAUGAGAUUGGUUAGCUCUCUCCCUGCACUCAGAGGUGACUGAAACCUGUGCAUACUGUAAAGUGAGUUUAUACUGUAUGUUACUAUUGACCAAAUGCUGCAUGGUGCCAGUACUAAUUGCAUGUGUUGCUAUAACAGCUACACAACACACACACACAAUUAAAAUAGUAUUGUCAAACUUGCAGUAUCUACACAUUUGUAAUGGUUGUUCCAGGAGGAGAGUGGCUGUGGAAUGGAAUUUGACAAUAAAACAUUCUUACCACAA